GUUUCAGUCCGCGCAGCCUUCCGAAGGGCGCCUGCUUACCAUAUCUCCUCCCCUCUCUUGUUUUAUCCCCCUCCAGGGAGCCUCCCUAAAUUGUCCUAACCCCCUGCCUCCGCAGCCGCCGCUUUUCUUUUUUCUUUCUUUCUCUUUCUUUUUUUAUUUCAUUCGGCGGACACCAGUCUCUAUUUAUAGCCCGGGUUGGAGCGGCUCCAGGACCUGCUGCAUUUUUUCUUUCUUUCUCUCUCUCUCCCGGUAAUCUGUUUAUUUAUUCCCCCUAUCUCCCUGCUUCCGCGGCGCGUCCCACUUUUAUUUAUUAUUAUUUUUUUGCGCUGGAAAUUUGGGGUUUAAAGGGACUGCGGGACAGCGGGGUUGCAGUCACUCAGUCCGGUGCACGGUGCGCGGACAGACAGACUGACGGACGCACGGAGCGGGCUCUAAUCUAACCGGAGGACGGGACCAGGGGCUGCGGGUCCGACGCUGCUGCUGCGCGGGUGCGGAACCGGCCGGCCUUCCGUGAUAAACAGGCAGGAUGAGUGACUCGGCCAAAGGAAACCAGUCUGUCUCCCCGAAGGGCAAAGACGGGGCGGAGAAGAGGGGGCGUGGCCGACCGAGGAAGCAGCCACCAGUGAAGAGCCGUGAGGAGCCCAGUGGGUCGCCCACACCGAAGAGGCCUCGGGGCCGACCUAAGGGCAGCAAGAACAAGAGCACCGGGAAGAGCAAAAAAACACCAGAAUCUGCAGGGGCGAAACCCAGAGGGAGACCUAAGAAGGCAGAGAAGGAGAAGGAACAGGGUUCGCAGGAGUCAUCUGAGGAAGAGGAGGAAGAGGAGGAGGAGGGGGAGCAGUAACCCACCUGGACGCCGCACUACCUCAUCACUCAACUUACUGACUUCCUGUCGACCAGAGCUGGACCGCGCCAAUAACCGCCCCCCCCCCCCUCCCCCGUUUAUCUGCAGCAGCACUGGAAACAAAAACUGACCUGAGAGAUGAUCUAUAUGUAUAUCUAUAUAUCACACAACAAACUGGUGACUUCCCAUUAGAUCUCCUAGUGGGUUUGGGUAUUGCAGACGCGCUUUUAUACUGGACAAAGGUGAAUUUGCCUACAUGAUUUUUGUUUUUAUAUCUUUGUGAGGUGUGAAAUGUUAUUUCAAGACUCCAGACUGAGUGUAGACGAUCACCAGGCACGUAGCCAUGUAGUAAAAUAACCCCCCCCAAAAAAAAAAAUUUUGUUACCAAUUAGGCAUGUAGUCAAAUAAUUUGAACCCUCCUCAAAAGUUGCUUCAGUCCUAUGAUUGGUAAAAUCUACCAAGUGGGACCUAUCAGUAAGGUUGUUGCCAAAGUUAUAAGGCUAUGGGUGACACCCCUCCUCCUACACUGUAGCGUCAGUGACUGUGGACCCCAUCGGUUAAUAAUUAAUAAUGUUCAUAUACGAUAUGUCUUAUGCUGCAUUUUCUCCAUCUCCUCCCCCAGACUGGUGGCUCCAUCGCUGGGUGUCGAUAGUUGUUUUGUUUUCCUAGGGAUGUGGAUGUGGGAUCCUGACCCUGCACCCUCUGAUUCCCAGCAUGAGGUUUUGGGUACUGGCAUAGUCUGCCUCGCCUGCAGCUUUGCCCUGAAUGUCCAGGGAUUAGAGCAGCCAGACCCACGUAGUGCUCACUAAUGUACACCGCUGGCUUUUUUUUUUUGGGGGGGGAGCUUUUCUUACUUAUCCUAUAGCUGUGGGGCCUGACGUACAGGACUCGGUGACACUCGUAACUCAUAAACCAAAGGGUCCACAGUUCGGAGGAGCUGGGUUCAGGAAAUGGGGGGGGGGGGGUUUGUGGAUCCUGUGAUCUCGGUUUCAGCUGUGACCCCAUUCAACUGCUAGGUCUCCUAUCCCCCCCAAUCCCAUUCUCACCAUGUAGUGCGUGGAAGUGUCACUUGGCCACAUCAGACCGAACAACUGCAAUGUGUGUGCAGUGUAUUAAGCCGCUUGAUAAGGGUGCUGUUGUUCUUUAUUUCCUAGCUGUCAGGGAACUCUCGAUCACAGCCCGCUUGACGGGCCUUUCCUCAAUCAUGCUGCUACUACUCAGUUACUUCCCGGUAUACUGCAAACAGGUGGAGCCCUGUUCUCCAUACCUCACUUGACGACAGCUUGCUCUACCUUCCCGUCCCGUGUGGUCCUGGUUCCCUGACGUUCCUGGGGAGCUCCUGAAACCCUGGGCUUUCCUUUGUCUUUGGGGUUUUAAGACACUGGCUGUCACCUUUGUGAUUUUGGGGAUUUUUUUUUUUCCUUCUGUGAAACCACGUACAUCAGGGAGAUAUUAACCUGUCAGCUUCUGCAGAUGUGUUUGCUGGUUGUAGUAGUUCUGUGUGUUUUAUUUCGCACUGAAACGUGUUGUAGUGAAGUCCAGUUAGAGCCCCGUGGUCAGUCUUCAGACAUGCGUGUAGGAGAACCGCACUUGUUUCCCGUAGAAGGCCAUGGUGCUGUAGUUAAGCUCUGUACUUCAUCGGGAUCCAGGGCUCCCAUUAUGAAGUCCCACCCUGCUAUCAAGGCACUCCCAAACACUCAUGCUAGUCUGAAGGUCAGCACCGGAUAAGGGGAGCAACGCCUGGGCCAUGCCCAGUAAGUCGAGACAGUGACGGGCCGGGGACAAUACCAGCUAGCUUCUAUAAAGGGCUUCAUCCUCUCUGGCGGCCUUGUCCUCGUCCAUCCUUUGGGUGUUCAGCGCCUCUAGCCGUAGUGACAUUCCUUGUAUCUUUGUUUUAAAACAAUAUUUGUUUGAUCGCUGAAAUAAGCGUAACCUCUCCUGCUCUCGUGAUUCCUAUGGGACUUGCUGCUGUAGCUAAUUAGCCAGAUGGAGGAACCUCUGUUUUCUCAGAUGAAUGCUUUGGCUGCUCAAUGCAAACAGUUCAAAACCUUCUGCUAUAUUGUACCCAAUCCCCUCACCCCAAUGUUUUCCUAUUCUACAUAUUGGCUGUUCUUGUACCAUUAAAACAUACAUACCCACCCCCAUCGUGCCUCAUUCAGCCCCCAGCUACAGUCUCCCUCCAGCCCCAAGGACCGUCACAUUUAAUGGCCGAUUGCAGUGGCAGCCAGCCCAGGCCACUGAUGCAGAGUCAAGUGUCUCUGACCUGCCGAUGGCAGUCGUGACUCAGAUCAGAUCCCAUCUAAGGUCACGUCCAAGUGCCCCCAACAGCAUGCAGAAUAUGUGCUUCAUUUCCGACUGAGCAAAUGUAUUUCGACUCAGGAAUAAGAGGACAGCUUGCAUGGCCUGUCCCUCAGAUUCAAGAAAGGUUCCUGUCCGCUGUUUUCAUUUUGGCGGCUAAUAAUAACAACCUUUGGUCUGAACAAUGUUCCUGGACCACUUCAUAGUAUGGUGAAUGUGGGAAGUAGGCAGGAUGUUCCUCAGAAACACCCUAUGGAGUGCUGUAAGACAGACUAUUCAGAUAUCUGCAGUCCUGUAUGCACAUUACAGUGAGGUUAGGCAAACCUCUUGGUGUUUGGGGUGGGAUCUGCGUAUCAGAGCAACUGAUUUGGAUUCUCCAGACUUCACAUGCGGCAUCCUCAUUGACAUCACCGCUGAUGCGGGAUGAAUGCAGGAUAUGUGCCCUCAUUUGUGUUGUACCUACCUCUGGAUCAUAUGACUCAUGGAUGCUGCUGUUCUGAGAUAUUUCAUCAGCGAACCGUAGCUGAUGCUCACCUUGCUUUCCUCUAUCUGCUUUAUGUUUUAAUUUUUUCUCCUCGCUGCCAAAUGCAGAAUUGUACAGACCCACCAGAACACUGUGCUACUAGUCCUGUUCGCAGAUGUGACUUCCUGAACUGUUGGACACCGUGUCUACCUGUGAUCACUCUUGUCUGUCUUGUUGCUUGAUAUUUUGAGUAGGGGUAUCACUGUGGUCAGAUAGGAACACGCCCCCAUAUACACACAACUCUUUUAAUAAAUUCAAUAUUACAGGACAAUUCGAAUGA